AUGGCGUAUUCGGGGGACCAUGAUAUUAAGGAUUGGGAGAAGACGUUGGGGGUGAAUCUGCAUGGGGUGUGGAUGUCAAGUCGGGAGGAGAUUAAGGUUAUGAUGGGGCAGGAGAAGAGGGAUGAUAGUCCCCGUUCAUCACGAGGUGUCAUUGUCAAUGUGGCAUCUGCAUAUGGUCUUGUUGCGACGCCCGUCAAUAUACCCCUUGUUUCUUAUACCGCUGCGAAACAUGGUGUGGUUGGGAUGACCAAGGCUGAUGCUAUUGUCUACGCGCCUCUGGGGGUCAGGAUCAAUGCUAUCUGUCCUGGUUAUGUUCAGACACCGAUGAUCGAUCAGAUGCCUGAUGAAGUGAUGCAGAAGGAAGUGGCCAGAGUCCCUGUGGGGAGAUUGGCGGAUGCAGAGGAAAUUGCGGACACUAUUACGUUCAUGUUGUCGCCGAUGAGUAGCUAUAUGUAUGGGUCUGCGUUGGUGGUGGAUGGGUAG